GCUGGGACUACAGAAAUGACAUCAGAUGUACCAUCACUGGGUCCAGCCAUUGCCUCUGGAAACCCUGGACCUGGAAUUCAAGGUGGAGGAGCCAUUGUCCAGAGGGCUGUUAAGCGGCGACCAGGGCUGGAUUUUGAUGACGAUGGAGAAGGGAACAGUAAAUUUUUGAGGUGUGAUGAUGAUCAGAUGUCUAACGAUAAGGAACGGUUUGCCAGGUCGGAUGAUGAGCAGAGCUCUGCGGAUAAAGAGAGACUUGCCAGGGAAAAUCACAGUGAAAUUGAACGGCGGCGACGGAACAAGAUGACAGCCUAUAUCACAGAACUGUCAGAUAUGGUACCCACCUGUAGUGCCCUGGCUCGAAAACCAGACAAGUUAACCAUCUUACGCAUGGCAGUUUCUCACAUGAAGUCCUUGCGGGGAACUGGCAACACAUCCACUGAUGGCUCCUAUAAGCCGUCUUUCCUCACUGAUCAGGAACUGAAACAUUUGAUCUUGGAGGCAGCAGAUGGCUUUCUGUUUAUUGUCUCAUGUGAGACAGGCAGGGUGGUGUAUGUCUCUGACUCCGUGACUCCUGUUUUGAACCAGCCACAGUCUGAAUGGUUUGGCAGCACACUCUAUGAUCAGGUGCACCCAGAUGAUGUGGAUAAACUUCGUGAGCAGCUUUCCACUUCGGAAAAUGCCCUGACAGGGCGUAUCCUGGAUCUAAAGACUGGAACAGUGAAAAAGGAAGGUCAACAGUCUUCCAUGAGAAUGUGUAUGGGCUCAAGGAGAUCAUUUAUUUGCCGAAUGAGGUGUGGCAGUAGCUCUGUGGACCCAGUUUCUGUGAAUAGGCUGAGCUUUGUGAGGAACAGAUGCAGGAAUGGACUUGGCUCUGUAAAGGAUGGGGAACCUCACUUCGUGGUGGUCCACUGCACAGGCUACAUCAAGGCCUGGCCCCCAGCAGAUGAUGACCCAGAGGCUGGCCAGGGAAGCAAGUUUUGCCUAGUGGCCAUUGGCAGAUUGCAGGUAACUAGUUCUCCCAAUUGUACAGACAUGAGUAAUGUUUGUCAACCAACAGAGUUCAUCUCCCGACACAACAUUGAGGGGAUCUUCACUUUUGUGGAUCACCGCUGUGUGGCUACUGUUGGCUACCAACCGCAGGAACUCUUAGGAAAGAAUAUUGUGGAAUUCUGUCAUCCUGAAGACCAGCAGCUUCUAAGAGACAGCUUCCAACAGGUGGUGAAAUUAAAAGGCCAAGUGCUGUCUGUCAUGUUCCGGUUCCGGUCUAAGAACCAAGAAUGGCUCUGGAUGAGAACCAGCUCCUUUACUUUCCAGAACCCUUACUCAGAUGAAAUUGAGUACAUCAUCUGUACCAACACCAAUGUGAAGAACUCUAGCCAAGAACCACGGCCUACACUCUCCAACACAAUCCAGAGGCCACAGCUAGGUCCCACAGCUAAUUUACCCCUGGAGAUGGGCUCAGGACAGCUGGCACCCAGGCAGCAGCAACAGCAAACAGAAUUGGACAUGGUACCAGGAAGAGAUGGACUGGCCAGCUACAAUCAUUCCCAGGUUGUUCAGCCUGUGACAACCACAGGACCAGAACACAGCAAGCCACUUGAGAAGUCAGAUGGUUUAUUUGCCCAGGAUAGAGAUCCAAGAUUUUCAGAAAUCUAUCACAACAUCAAUGCAGAUCAGAGUAAAGGCAUCUCCUCCAGCACUGUCCCUGCCACCCAACAGCUAUUCUCCCAGGGCAACACAUUCCCUCCUACCCCCCGGCCGGCAGAGAAUUUCAGGAAUAGUGGCCUAGCCCCUCCUGUAACCAUUGUCCAGCCAUCAGCUUCUGCAGGACAGAUCUUGGCCCAGAUUUCCCGCCACUCCAACCCCACCCAAGGAGCAACCCCAACUUGGACCCCUACUACCCGCUCAGGCUUUUCUGCCCAGUUGUUUACUUGUGGCAUUAGUACACAGUGGAAUUGUGUAGAUUGGCGUUGUUUAUUCUUCCUUGCUGUAUUUCUAGCUCCUGAGACUGGACAGACUGCAGGACAAUUCCAGACACGGACAGCAGAGGGUGUGGGUGUCUGGCCACAGUGGCAGGGCCAGCAGCCUCAUCAUCGUUCGAGUUCUAGUGAGCAACAUGUUCAACAGCCGUCAGCACAGCAACCUGGCCAGCCUGAGGUCUUCCAGGAGAUGCUGUCCAUGCUGGGAGAUCAGAGCAACAGCUACAACAAUGAAGAAUUCCCUGAUCUAACUAUGUUUCCCCCCUUUUCAGAAUAGAACUAUUGGGGUGAGGAUAAGGGGUGGGGGAGAAAAAAUCACUGUUUGUUUUUAAAAAGCAAAUCUUUCUGUAAACAGAAUAAAAGUUCCUCUCCCUUCCCUUCCCUCACCCCUGACGUGUACCCCCUUUCCCUUCUGGCUGUUCCCCUGCUCUGAUGCCUCUCUAAGGUAACAUUUAUAGGAGAAAUGGAAUGAAUCUCCAAGGCUUUUAGGACUCUCUGAAAAUUUGAGGCUGGGUGAAGUUAAAACACCUUUCCUUAUGUCUCCUGACCUGAAAUUGUAUGGUGUUGAUUUGUGCUAAGAUCAAGAGGCAGGUUAGAAGAACCUGACAUCCACUGUUUGCCUUGGAUAGUAUGGCUUGUUUUUGGAAAGAAAUUCUGAAGAGAGUGGAGGAGAGGAGAAAUGUCCUUAUAUUUGAGGACCAUGAAACGUGGUAGGUAUAUAUGGGGCUUUAGCAAGUGAGCAUAGGCUUUUUUUGCUGCCUGUGAGCAAUCCCUCUGGAAAGAAACGUGAGUAAGUGAGAGAGUGUGUAUGUGUGUGUAUGUGUAUGUGUGUGUGCGCACGUGCUUCUGUAUUUCACUCUUUCUCCCUAUUAGGGAGUUAUGCAAAAUUUGUCCCAGAUUUUAUCUUUGUCUUUCUGUGUACUUUUCAAAGAGUCCUAAGGAGUUAAAUCUUCCAGGUAUUUUCCACUUAGUAUUGCAGCCAAAGAAUAUUUAAAUAAAUGUCUUUGCUGCGCUCACAUCCAUGCCCAGCCAAUAUACAACUGUAAAGCAAAUAUAGAAAGUCAGCUGUUGAUACGGUUGUCUGUUAUCGAACACAUUCAGUGAUAAAGCUGGGUUACUCCUGCUUUUGGUGCUCUCACCUUAUCUGGAAGAUCUGCAAACAUUACCUAAAUAGACUGGCAAGAUAAACACUUUCUGAAACCCAAGACUUGGCCAUAAAGAUAAUGCUGCAUUUUUCUGUCAGAAUCACAUAUGAUGUGUGUUCUGUAGAGGUUAUUUCUGCAUGGAAACUCAACUUCUUGGAUUAGCCGUCCCAGUGAAAAUCCUCACUGUUGGAGUGUAAACCAAAUACGAAGCCCUCUUGCAAAGUAGCCUCUUUCAUCCCGUACUCAAAAUACCCAGUUUAGCAAGAAACUGAGAUUUAAGUCUUUCAGGCCCUAAGAGGUUUUUCAUCUUUGCUCCCUCCAAUCUUGAGAUUGGGUUUUGCUUUAGUGCAAGUAUAAUAAUUCCGUAUGAUAGAUGGGGCCUGGACACCCAUCUCAACAGGGUCACUUGGUAAUUAACAAUAGCCAUAUAAAUGCGGAUACAGGUUACUACCCUCACCCUUUACCUUCCUCAGGUAAUAGUCGAAGAUACCAGCUUUUUUUUUUUUUUUUUAAAUUGGCUUUGGCCAGUAGCUAAAGUGCAAGACUGAAUUAAUGAGAAGAUAUAUUAAAUGUAGUCAUAGGGGACUGAGGAGCAAGGAUGGCCUUGAAGAGGCCAAAGUCAUGUCCAUUUGCUGGGUUUCCCUUCCUUUUGUCUCCAGUCCGGUGCCAGGUAGUGGAGUAAAAAAGGAGACAGUUUAUUUUUUUAUUCUAUGUGCACACUUACAGUAUACAUAUAUAUUUAUAUCACAAUUUAUGAAACCAAAAAGUUGAGUUUCCAAUGGAACCCUUGUUUUUUAAUAAUCGACUGUUUUUAAAUGUGAUCAGGACUAUAAUAUUGUACAGUUAUUAUAGGGCUUUUGGGGAAGGGGAGGAUAGCGAGAAGAUGCUCUGGGGGUUUUGUUUUUGCUUUUCCUUCAGGGUUUUAUUUUUGAUUGUUUUGUUUUCUUGUUGGCCAUUUCUGUAUUGCUGGCAUCUGUGCUAAGCCUUACAGUGGCAAAAAUAAUGACAUGUAGCAAAGAUUUUGAAACAAAAUAUUUUUUUCCUUUUGUAAAAUUUCUUGUGUUGUGUGAUCUUGAUUGCGGCUUUAUCAUUCCUUUCCAGUUCAUAAACAACAGGCACCCACAACUAGAGGAAUCUAUAGUUUAAGCUCCAGACAUACAAACAUAAGGCACAUUGUGUCUUUAAUUUCAGGAAUCAGAAAUCAUAGGGUUCUGAUCACACUGCACGCCUCCCCCUCACUUGUCCUCCUGAUCCUGACACAUUCUGAGUAACAUCAGCAGGAAUGCUCUGACCAUAAGGUGGGGAUUUUGGGGUGGGCACUGCCUGGGUUCUUGGGAGAGAGGGAAAGAGUUGGGACUUGAAAACCACCAGGGCACAUCUGGAUGCCUUCCCCCAGUAUGUCCUCUUCUGGAUUAAAAUGAGUGAAGUUUAAA